AAUUCUGGUGAUUUUUAUUUAAGGAAACAAUGAAGAACAUUUAUGAUUAAUUUAUGGUUAGUUUAAUAAAAAGCUUAUUAUAUAUUUAUAUGGACCAACAUAUUUUUCUAAAGAUUCUAAGAAUGAUUGUGGUGAUGACACGUGGUUACAAAAUAUGUUGUAAUGUUUCUCUUUUAAUAUAUAGGGGAUUGGAGAUUUGGAAGUUAUGGGUCAUGUAGUCCAGAGAAGGGUUCAUUAAUCACAAUAUAAUUAAGCUAUUUAACUCAUAUUAAUUUUUGUCUAAUCGCGUAGCUCAGUACGUCAAUUGACAAUAUAGAAGCCGUGGGUGGUACGGACCACGUUGGGUUUCUUUGCAGCAUUGUAAAAUUGACCUGUAUAGUCCAUAUAACACGUGGAACACAAAUGAAUAAAGAAAGAAAAUGUAUAUCUCCAACUUUUGCAAGAUUCGGAGUUUUCAUGCAAGACAAGUAAGAACUAUAUUUCCACAAUAAUCAUAUUAAUUGCUGAAGAGAAACAUUAUACGAGGCACUCAUAAUACUUUUGUCGGUAACAUUACACGAAAUGGUGGAAUCGUACGAACCAAUUAUGCGUACCAAAAUGACAAUCUUGCACUAUAUAAGCUACAUCCCUACUAAAAAAGAAAUAAACUUUACCCCAAAUUCAAAGAAAAACGGUUCUCCCUUUUAUUUCACUAAAGUUGAAUAGUUACUACAUUUUGCAAAGUUACUACCUAUUUCGCAAAAUAUCAAUCAAAACAAGUCUGACAAUAUAAAACUAACAAUGCAAAACACGAAAUGAAUGGAUUGGUAUAAAUAAGAUCACAUAACACCAAAUACAUUAUAAAUAAUCACAACUCAAACUAUAAAAUCUCACCUUUUCUUUUACUUAUUUCAUUAUCAAACAUAAGAAGAACAAACAAACAAACAAACAAACAAAAAGGAAACACAAUGGUGAACUUGGUAGAAUCACCAAAACCAAUACUGUACGGCCUCAUGAAAUUAGCGGGCGUUAUUCCAUACACCGUAGAGAUCGAACCAGGGACAAAGAUAAACUUCUGGAUCCCCAAAGAAACCCUUAAAAAAACCAACAAAUCCAACAAAAACUCUGACGUGAAACCCAAGAAACCUACUAAACCAGCCAUUUUGUUCAUCCACGGCUUUGCAGCUGAAGGGAUCGUGACGUGGCAAUUCCAGGUCGGAUCACUAGCCAAAAAAUACUCAAUCUAUAUACCGGACCUCCUCUUCUUCGGUGGUUCCUAUUCAGAUAAACCGGACAGGUCACCCGCCUUUCAAGCCCACUGUUUGGUCAAAUCUCUUCGUAUCCUUGGAGUGGAUGAGUUUGUCCUUGUAGGGUUUAGUUACGGUGGAAUGGUGGCUUUCAAGAUCGUAGAAGAGUACCCUGAGAUGGUUAGAGCCAUGGUGGUGUCAGGUUCGGUACUCGCGAUGACUGAUACGAUCAGUGAGUCGAAUUUGAACCGUAUAGGGUUUAAGUCAUCAGCGGAUCUUCUGUUACCAACUUCGGUUAUCGGACUCAAGACUCUUUUUGCCCUUUCUGUUCAUAGACCCAUGUGGUUCCCGAACCGUCUCUUCAAGGAUUACCUUGAGGUGAUGGAUACCAAUAGGAAAGAAAAAGCAGAAUUGUUAGAAGGUUUGGUCACCAGCAGGAACGAAGAUGUGACCAUCCCUCGUUUACAACAGAAAAUUCAUCUCUUGUGGGGCGAAAGUGAUAAACUUUUUAAUCUUGAAAUGGCCAAGAACAUGAAGGAGCAACUAGGCGAAAAUGCAACAAUGGACAGUAUAAAAAAAGCAGGUCACUUGGCACAUUUGGAGAGACCUUGUGUAUAUAAUAAACGUCUCAAAAAGUUUCUUACUGCAGUUUACUCCGGAAACUAAAAUGGAUGUAAUUGAAUGACGCAUUAUCCUCCUCGACAUCAAAUUUGUGCUAUUUUCUUUGUUUUAUUUAUUCUUCCUAUUUCAAAAAUAAUGUAAUCAUAUUGAAAUGGUAUACGUAAUCAUAUUGUUUCUAUGA